AUCGGCUGUUUCUGGUCGCGCUAUCACAGUCGACAACAUCCAUCGCUGAGUGGAAAGCGUGAUCUUCUCGCAAUGAACAAUGAUGCUGGCUUUCCCUGCUUGCUGACAAGCCUGUAGCUAUUGUUGUAUGAUCAGCUGCGUUCUCUAGCGAGAAGUCCAAUAUCAGGCAAGCUAUCAAUGAACGCUGAGCGUUUGGCCAGCCGUCCAGCUCCUUUAGACCGAUAUAACUAGCAGUGCUAUCGAGCUGCCAAUUACCAGACAAGCCAUGGACAUGUAGCUACCGUCAGCUUCAAGUUUUAAAGGUUACUGCCUGCUGCAGCUGACGUCUGCGACGUAACAGCGCUAGGAAGCAACCAGCCAUGACGACGAUGAUACAAGGGAAGAACAUCAUCUCCUGGCAAAGAUUUGUGUGUGCUCUACUAUCAGUGCUUGAUCCACUAUACAACUGUUAUUACGUGCUGCUACUGCUGCAGCAGCUGCUGUAUUGUGGUCCGCUUUCUCCCCCAGUCGUGUUUGAGCAUUUCCACCGUCAAUUCCCUUCUCUCCCACGACGGCGGCGACGGCACCCGCAGUCGUCGGGUAGGCUGGAGCGCUACUCUAUCGACGCAGUACCCACUCCGGAGUAACGACGUCGAGCGACCACGGAGUCGACAAAGGGAUAUCGAAUACCGCUUACUUCGUGGGCUAUCAGCAUCAUUACUAUUGCUGCCUCGACGUUGACAUUCGAUUGUUCACGUAAUUGGUCGGUCAGUGAUCACUUAACAGCGCUCUGUGGCAGUAAGGUGGACUUUUAUGAAGACCACUUUGUCUGGUUCCAACGACAUUUGACCAGCUACAGUCGAGUAUAGAACCUCUUCUUAAGAGCUCAAGGUGCUCUUGCGAUUAGAGUUUCUCAGAGUCGCAACGUAUUCGGUGCAUUUUACGCGAAGUAAAGCAACUGGUCUCGUAAGCGAUGUCAGCUAGCGGGUUUGUUCCCCAGCCUCUAAGGGGUCCCUCGGAAGAUCAGAGCGUCGUGAUGUCGAUUGUACGCUUUUUCACCAACCUAGCAAUGAUUUUCUAUUAUAUUCUUGAGGCGUGCGUACUAAUGUUUGUGCCCUCGAAGUUCCGUAUAAAGAGUAUCAAGGAUGAAGUGGUUCUAGUGACGGGCGCUGGCUCGGGAAUCGGAAGACUGAUGGCGAUUAAAUUCGCCGGCUUAGGGGCUAAGGUGGUUUGUUGGGAUAUUAGCAAGGACACCAUGGAAGAGACUGCUAAUGAUAUAAAAAAUCGAGGCGGUAUUGCAUACUCUUACGUGUGCAACGUAGCCGAUCGUCAAGUCGUCUACGCCCUUUCCGACAAAGUUCGCCAGGAAGUUGGAAAAGUGUCUAUUAUUGUUAACAAUGCAGGCAUUGUCACCGGAAAACGCCUAUUGGACAUUCCUGAUGACAGCAUCGAAAAAACCUUUAAUAUUAAUGUCCUAGCUCACUAUUGGGUUGUCAAGGCAUUCUUACCCGACAUGCAAUCUUCUAACCAUGGACAUAUCGUUUCGAUUGCGUCACUUGCCGGUCAAGUCGGUGUGAAUCGGCUCACUGACUACUGCGGCUCGAAGUACGGAGCUGUUGGAUUUGCCGAGGCUCUCGCUCUUGAACUCUAUCAGGAAGGCUAUACUGGCAUUAAAACGACGAUUGUCUGCCCCUACUUCAUCAAUACUGGAAUGUUUCACGGAGCCACUGGUGGGGCCUUUUCGUUUCUCGACCCCGAUUAUGUUGCGUCUUCGGUUGUCAAAGGGGUUCUCCUCAACAAGGACAUCGUUAUUAUACCAGGACAUGUGGCGCCUCUUAUCGCACUUAGGCACUGGAUCCCGGUCCGUCUACUAAGUGUCCUUCCGUACAAGAGUAACCUGCGUUUAGCCGACAUGGUUGGUAUCAACCGCACAAUGCUUACUUAUAAAGGAAAGAAUUGCCACGUCUAGCCUCUUCUAGCCGUCAGGAUGCCGAUUAUAAGGACGAUGAUCACGAUCACGGCAAUAUGGAUACUGAAAGCUGAGCCCUGCUUCGCUUACGGCCUGCGACGGAUAGGCGUUCCGUUUAUUCAGCGUCUAAGGGCCACCGCUUGUAACAGUUGGACCCUGCUGCCAUAAACAAGAGGUAUUGUAAACCGGUGAAUCAGUCCCGUUCACACCUGCUCAGUUUUGUACGGAAAGGAAACAUGAGUGAGUUAGUCGAUCCAGUGGAGUAACGAGCUACAGCUUAAAAGACAGCUAUAAUAAAUAUAGCAAAAGUUUCAUUUGAAAGCUAAAUAGUAGAUGUUGACAUAGUCACAUAGAAAUAUUUGGAGUUAUUCCUCGUCCUGAGUAAUCAUAGGUAAUAAUCUAUGAUACGUUGCGAAAGCUUACAUAUGAUAUGAUAAAUGACUUUUCCGUUCAAAGGCGAGAAAUUGAUUGUUGUUCGCGGAUAUUGAUGUUCUAUUAGAUACAACGUCACUUAAUUACUGCAGAACAACUCGGUCGUACGAUUGAGUACGGUGGCGCCAACCGCGCCUAAAAUUAUGUUAGAUUAUGUUGAAACGGAAGCCUUAUAUGGUCAAGUGUUUUUUUUUGCAUUCAGAUCUUACCUACUUGUCCGUUUCGGUAAGCGGAUUAAAAUGGAUUCCCUCUUGCCGGUAUUUCAUUCGAGCUUCGUCUAGCACGCCUUUGAACGAUCUGUAGCUAUGUAGUGAAUGAGGAAUGACUCAUCUAGAGGUAACUAUCAAAUAUACAAUGCAAUACAGAAGCCUGAUAAAUGACGGUAAUGUCUUUAUUCAUCGUUAUAGAUGCAAACAUACACACACACACACAAACACACAGUUACAGAGGAGGUGGUGCUAAAAAGAGUACGUUUACGUCAUCUAUAUGGCACUUAAUAAAAAUAGUCAAAAAAAACUCACACAACAAAUAGACUU